CACAGUAAGAGUUUGUUUUAUCUUCAAAGUAAUUGCAUAGUUAAGGCCAAAUGUCAAACACAAAUUGAUGAUAUCAGUUAUAUCAAUCAAUAACUUAUCAUAUUAUAUCUGAAGUGAACUCCCAAUUCAACUAUAUCAUCAUGUAAAGUACAGGUACCUGAACAUGAGUUCUAAUAAUGGAUUGCAAGUACAGUAUGAACCUAAUGAAAUGGGGUCUAUACGUAUUAAUCAGCAAUUAAAACAGUUUUAUAAAAAUAUUUGUACUAAGGAAACAUUAAAAAAGAAAUUUCCUAUUUCAAAAUGGUUACCUAAGUAUAGUUUAAGUGAUCUACAAUGUGAUGUUAUAUCUGGUUUGACUGUGGGUUUAACAGUGAUACCACAAGGAUUAGCUUAUGCUAAAAUAGCUGGUCUUCCUCCACAGUAUGGACUAUAUUCUUCAUUUAUGGGAUGUUUUGUGUAUUGUUUUCUGGGAACCAGUAAAGAUAUAACACUAGGUCCAACAGCUAUCAUGUCUUUAAUGACAGGAACAUUUGCUAUAUCUCCUAUACCUAAUGAUGCUACAUAUGCUAUUAUAUUAACUUUAAUGUGUGGUGUUGUUCAGUUAGUUAUGGGUUUAUUAAAUCUAGGUAUAUUAGUAAACUUUAUAUCCUACCCUGUUAUCAAUGCCUUUACCUCAGCUGCUGCUAUAACUAUAGCGUUUGGACAAGUUAAACAUAUCUUUGGUUUAAAAAAUAUUCCUAGAGAUUUCUUACCAAUGGUUUAUGAUACAUUUGCAAAUCUAGGACAAACAAAAGUAUGGGAUAUGGUAUUAGGAUUUGCCAGUUUGGUGGCCCUGUAUUUAAUAAAGAAAUUGAGGUCAAUAAAAUGGCAAGAUGAGGAUGAGCCAAAAUCAACUAGUCAAAAAGUUGCUCGAAAAUUUCUAUGGUUGUUUGGAACGGGUGCUAAUGCAGUGGUAGUGAUCUCAGCAGCUGGUAUAGCAGCCAGUUUGAUUAGCAUGAAUAUUAAAGAUAAAAUAACUAUUACUGGACAUCUUAAACAGGGAUUACCUCCCUUACAAGUACCUGCUUUCUCAAUACAUACUAGAAAUAUUACACAAAGUACUGGAGAAAUCUUUAGUAAAAUUGGUGCUGGAUUUUUUAUUGUGCCUUUAUUAGGAUUAGUUGAAACUAUUGCCAUAGGAAAAGCUUUUGCACGACAGAAUAGUUAUAAGAUAGAUCCUACUCAAGAGCUAAUAGCUAUUGGUGUAGCUAAUAUUAUAAGUUGUUUUAUUUCAUCAUAUCCAGUCACUGGUAGUUUCUCAAGAACUGCUGUUAAUUCACAGAGUGGUGUCCGUUCUCCAGCUUCUGGUAUAGUUACAGGUGCAUUGAUAUUAUUAGCUCUACAAGUGUUAACACCAUUAUUUUAUUAUGUACCACAAGCUGCAUUAGGAGCUGUUAUUAUAUCAGCUGUGUUACAAAUGAUAGAUUGGAAGAUAUUAAAAAUACUCUGGAAUGUUGAUAAAAUAGACUUGGUGCCUUUAAUUAUUACAUUUAUAUCAUCUCUAGUAAUAGGUAUAGAGUAUGGUAUAAUGGUAGGAAUUGGAUUAUCAUUAUUAAUGUUAUUAUAUCCUCUUGCUAGACCAAAAUUAAAGUAUAUAAAUCAGGGAAAUAUUCUAGUUGUACAACCAAAUCAAGGAAUGAAUUUUCCGUCAGCUGAAUUUAUAUCAGAAACCAUCGUACAAAAAGCUACAGAAGGUGGGAGUAAUAGAUCUGUGAUAUUUGAUUGUUGUCAUAUUUAUAAUAUAGACUAUAGUGCAAUAUUGGGAUUAAAAGAACUGGUGAUAGAUUUAGAGAAAAAUAAAUUACAGGUUGCUUUAUGUCAUGUACAGCCGACAGUAUUAGAAGUUAUAGAGAGAGCUGAAAUUCAAAAUUUAUCUACAUAUACUACACUUGAUAUAGCUUUACAAGAGUUACCUGUGUAUAAUGUACAAGGAAGUAGACAAUGUGAAGAAGAUGAGAGUAAACCAUUAUUGAGAAAGUUUUAGUACUUGAUUGUUGAUAAUAAUAGGAUGGAUGAUUUUACCAAUAUCAUUAGGAAAAAUUUUUAAAAAAUAUUGUGAGACUCAAAUUUGAGUGUUAUCCCUUUAACCCAAUAUCACUCAGCCCAAUCAAGAAAGCCAAGAGUUGUAAAAUAGUAUAUUACUUGCAAGUCUUGCGAGACACAUCAUUCCAUGUUGUACUGGACAGCUUCACUUUACAAUUCUUUUGAUAUCAUCAUAUUGUAUACAUUAUUUGUUAUAUUACUAGUAUUGUUUUUGAUAUGCUGAAAAUAUUUUUUGAUUACAAUAUUAUUGAUUAUUAAUAUGAAGUCAUUGUUAGAUAUUAUCUUAAAAAAUGAAACAAAUGUUUAUAU